CCAUUCAUCUCAGCUCAUAAUCUGGUUCGUGCGCCACCAGAGCAAACAGAAGGAUGCACAGAAUUGUAUAUGGAGAGAGACACGGCUGCCCAGCCCCAAAUUCAUGAAUCUAGUAUGUAGUCGCAUCGGCGCCGACAAAGGUGUGCUCUGUCUUGUCGCUGUAGGGACACUGAAAGGAAAAAUAGCAGAUCGCGAACGAAGGCGAUUGCGGGAAAAAGACCCCAGAACAGCAAGGUUCGCAUCUCAUAAGCAGGUCAAAGCCUAUGCUCUAUCAGCCCCCCUCCCCUCCCCCGACCCCCAUCCCAACCCCUUUCCUAUCUGAACACACUCUGUUCGUGAGAUAGAACACACUCUCUUCGUGAAAUAAGAAUCGGAGAUCAACAGAUGGGAGAUGGGAAAAAUAGGUACCCACUGAGAAUGCCAUACGUGCGAAAAAGACCCCACAUGCACCUGAAUCAUGUGUGCCCCUCACCAUAUGAAAGCCCUUGCUCACUCUCAUCCAACUGGCCCUCACCCAACACCCCCUCGCUGACACCGCCCGAGACGUGGGCCGCCAUCAUGCGCUCUACACCCGUCAUCAGCCUCUCCACAUCGACACCGCCUUCAUGCUCCGACUCGUAGGUCUGCGCAGAUGUCUGGACAGACAAAAAGCGAUGAGUACUGUCAGCAAAGGCUUCACAUCAAGGUUUUUUGCCUACCGAGCGUGGUCUGCCGUGUCUUUCCUUUUGUUUCGCAUUUUCGUAAGCCGCAUAUAGCUCACGCCAUCCCCCAAUGUGCUCAUGCGUCUCAAGAACGUCAUCUGUGCCAGUGACCGAUUGCACAAAGCUCUUGUCUUCUUCUGAAAGACAGGACGACACACCUGGAAAAUGCUUGGUCACUAUUGUGAAACCCACUUGCAACGUUGCGCCCGGAUGGACUCCUGACUUUCGGGCUCCUUGUGCGCUUGCUGAGGUGAAUGUUUUCUUCGUACAUGUUCUGAAACGUGACCAACUUGUCCACGACAAGCAGCAGUUUUGACUUUGAAAUGAAGACACACAUAUACCCACACAAGCUGUGUGGACAAGAAUGGAGGAGUGCCUCUACCGCGUCUACACCUGUAGGUCGUGCAAUGUCAUGCCGCUCUUGGCACAGUCAGCCGCAAACCUUCAUUCACCGAGGCAGCACCCUCGAUUGCACUUUGCUUCUCCACUGCAUGUGACUCUGUGCUGACCUUUCAGAAGCCACGAAGGAUUUGUCAGACUCCGCGAGAUCCCUUACCCAAACAGAGCCUCGCCUCGUUUCCAUUGUGCUCUGCUGACACAGCUGGCUGUGCGAGCUUUGGAUGACCGGGCGCUCCUGGAUGGCGACUGUGUCCACGGACGAGACCAGAGAGACACGCAAUCCGAUUUCUGCCAGCAUUCUCCGCUCUCAGCUGACUUACCGUCCCGCGGCUCAUCGGGAGAAAUGCUUGGUUCCCGUCGCAGAGUCUGAAAAGUAAGCCAGCCAUAGCAGUCUCACUCCAUUCACUCCGCUUGUCUCACUUCCUUCUUCAUGUAUGGAGAGUGGAGGACAAAGCAAUAGGACCAGAGGAAAUCUAAGAAGUCCGGCGGGACCUGGCACGAUCGAUCGAGAUGCAGAGCUUUUGUAUCACACAGAUUUUGUAUCGGUCUCUCUGACCUCUUUGAUUUGCAGCAGGUCGACGGCUUCUUGCAUAGCUGCAGUCAGCAUCCGCAUCACCAACUCACGCUUUCUUGCAAUCCACCACUCUUCCGUGCCCCCGCCACGGUACAGUGAUUUCGCGAAGCGGACGACACCAGAGAGUCUGUCAUACUGCGUCUUGCCGUGAAUGACAAUGUCAGGUGAUGAAGCAGUGUUGUGUGACAUGUUGUCGGUUGCAGGCUGUUCCAUCAGGGAGAGUUUGCCGGUGUUCCAAUCUAGCCAGACUUUGCCGAGCCUCAUGCGUCGUUGCUCCUCCCUCCUUGUGUGCCACUCCAACAGCUGUCUCAUGAGCCGGGAUAAGCAUGAGGCUAUGGGCACGCAGGCAAGCACGGGGGCCUCUCGUAGGGAAAGUAGGGAGGAAAAGGCAGUCAGGCCUGCAGAACAAAGAUGGAGAUAGACACGGAGGUUCAGAAUUAUGUCAAUGAGACAAUUGCACCGCCCCACCGAAUGUCGUGCGAACUCGUAGCGUCCGGUCGACGUUUUCCUUCUUUUCAGCAACUUGGGAGAGGGCAUGGCGAAAGAUAAGGGACAAGAGACUGAAGUAGUGGUAGAGGUUGAGAACCAUGGCCAGCAUCAACAUCGAGACGUUGAUGUACACUGCAUCUCCGCGAUUCACAUCUCUGGGAAACAGGGGCACGUGGCACAUGCAAGGGCAUGACAGAAGCCCUCAGAAAUAUAGUCCGUCUUGAGUGAUCACCUGGCCUCAUGAAGGAUGACAGACAGCAGCAUAAUUGACGCCAGCCAGAUGAUGAGACCUUGGCUUUCCAUCCGAUUGAGGAGGUUCAUAUGUCGGUGAUCAAAGGGCGAGACGAUCAGGUGGGCCGUGAGGCAGAUAAAUGCAACAAUGGCCCAACAAUGCAGCUGGAGGUUUGGGUCGUUCACCACCAUGUGCGAAAUGAGCAGCACCAACACGCGCCUGCAUCCAUCCAGUAGGAAGACGGUGAUCACACAAUAGAAGCGGUCUUCAAAGUUUACCUCAGAGCGAACACAGCGUCCUGCACGCCAAGAGGCAAAGGAAAGAAGAAUAGACAACAAGUUCAGACAAAACAUGCUUCUUUCUUUCAAGUGUUUGUGACCCAGUAGGCGUACGCCCGUUUAUAUCCCUGUCGGUCAACAGACACGUAUACACAUAUUUGCAUCGCUUGCCAUUCCCUUACUCUGGCGUUGGAAACAGGUCUUUACCUGGUAGAGAAACCCAAAUCUCUGCGGAAUGCAGAGAACACAGAGAUGCUUCUAUACCGUGGAGCCUCUCUCGUUGUGGUUCCGUACCUUGCGCAUUUUGGGGGAGUGCAGCUGGUCAUGAAUGCAGCAGAGUAGCACCACGCCGAUUAUGACUGGCGAGAAGCUCCACAACAUAAGGCCCAAAACACCGAUUCGGAAGAAAUUGAGAUGCAGGCCUUCCUGGCACCGCAGGUCCGGAUUGACGUCGGGCCACGAAAGCAACUUGUUGCUAUCUUUAAUUUUGUGCUCCCGACAUCGCAGCAGCAUCAGCAUGUUCCUUGUGACCGUCGGAUGCGUGAAAGUCAGUAUGAUGAUGAACAAUGCCGCCCGCUGGUCCGCAGCUGUCUUCAUUCUAGCACAGCAGUCUCGUCGGCCAACGCGGGCCACGUCGCGGGCCACGUCACGAGCCGCAACGUCGCGGGGCGUGUCGCGCGACUCGUCUCUGGCCACGUUGCGAGUCGCAUCCUCCUGUGACGAUGACCGCCGCUCGGCAGCUGUGGGUCGCCGUCGCCGCCAACAGCGUUGCAGACGUUUGUGACCCCACACGAAGACGGCGCCGAUGGCUGGGAUGACGAUAAGGCAGACGAGCGGCACGGCAAUCCAAGCCGCAUGUCUCCACAGCACGGCAUUAUCGUCGCGAUCCCACCGUGCUAUGAUGCACUCCCUGCAACACAUAAACCACACACCCACAUGUACACACAAAAGCGAACGGACGCGUCACACAACACACCAGGAGCCGUAGGCAAAGGGCAUCCCUCCGUCCCAGGUGAAGAGGCGAGAAGUUGGCACGAUGACCUUAGAGAGGUGCUUGACGUCGUAGGAAAUCGAUAGCACCAGCAUGGCCAGCACACUUAUCUGAAGAGAAAAGGCAUUUGCAGAUGCUCAGCUAUGAUGCAUCCGCCUGCCUGCAACUAUACCGAUGUAAGAUGGUUCAGGCCUAACUUGAAGAGUGCCUGUGGCAACAGGCAAACAUACAGUAGUGACAUACCAAUACUAAUGGAGAAAUGGAUUUACCGGAAUCACGUCGUCGCGAGGCCUUGUCCCAGCUCUGCAGAAAAGGAGAAACCCAGAUGGGCAGAGACACGGAUGUGUGUACUUCUAUGCGUGCACGCACCUUUCUGCAAGCCAUGCGAGGCCGAAGAUGGCCACGAGGGAUGCGACAAUCAGGGCAAUGGCGGCCAGAAUGUUCCAGUGUACUUCACCGCAAGGAUGACACGGCUGUGUCGGCCCUCUUCUCGCAUAUUCCUUCUCGCACAGGCCACAUACGAAUCCCCGGUACUUGGAUCCCUUCUCUGACUGCAAACAUGGCCACAAAUAUGAGUAAACGUGGCUUAUGCGCAUCCCAACUUUACCAGGCAUUUAGUCAGCCCUGUGUCUUCGUCCACGCCAUCACAUGCUUGCUUGAAUGGACAGGGAAUCACCACAGGAAGCGUCGUAUUUUUGGCAGCAUAUCUGCAAAUGAACACAUGUGAAAGCUCCAAUGCCACAUGCCAUACAUAUUUCCACUAGGCGCUCCUCACGUUGUCAUUUUGUCGUCGUAGCUUAGCAGGUAAAACCCCUUCUUCGUGGGCACAAGGGAGCGAUUCUUUAUGGGUUCCUCGCAGUCGAGGCCCUGCAUAUCCUCGAUGCACUUCUCGCAUUUAAGUUUGUUGCUAUGCCUGCGAAAGAGACACAGACACACAACAAGGAGAUUUGCACGUCGCCUGUCAACUUCGGCUUACUUGAUGAAUCCAUUUGUACAGUAACACAAUUCCUUCUCUGUGCUGCCUUCUGGCGAGAUUAGGUCGGCACCACACUGUUCGCAAGUUGCCUUGCCGUUUUCAAUUUUGCCGUACUGUCCUGUAGCAACACAAAGCACCACGUUGUUUUUGUCUUUGUGGAACCAGAUGAACAAUCUACGGACAUACCUGAAGGGCACUUCCGACAUAUGUCGUCGUCUCUUUCAUACCCUAUCUCACAAUUCUUCUGGCACAUUUUGGAGGCGUUUUUGAAAUGGUCCUCUUUGCAGUCACACUCGUCUUUUCCAGCUUUAGACGCUGAAAGUACACGAAAAAUAUGAAACGUGCAUGUCUCUUUGCCUCAUUGGCGCCCUCACUCAUUCCGUCUGCACAUUCAUGCCGCCACGCAUUUCGUUUUCCCGCUCACUCUCUGUGUCUCGGCAGGGGUGGCACAUGUGCGUGCCGGCAUCGUGGUUUGAGUAAAAGCCAGCGGGGCACUCUUCGCACUUGUCUCCAGCACCACCAUAUCCAGGAAUACAUCGACAGAGCGCGGUCGGGUUGAUGCUAUGGUCAAGCUGUGAGCGCAGCAGAUGACCCAUUUAAGGGGAAGAUCACGUUAUUCAAUGCUCACGUGUAUAUCGUUCAAUCUACCGCAGACACUCGUGCACUCGGACCCUUGGCCAUUUGAGCCCCCGUUCUCGUCAUCUGAGUCAGCAGGGAGACAUGCAAUGGAAAUCAUGAUGUCUCGUCCUCGCUUGCUAUCUGCCUACUUCGUUCAGGCCAAUUUGGGUUCCGAACAAGCGCCUGAAUCCCUCUGUCACGCAUAGCGGUCAGCUCAGCACAGUCCUGAACGGCCAAGCCGUAAAGCACAAUGUCCGUCACUGUCUCAUGUGGUCACAAAGCUGUCGCUCACACCUUGAUUUCCAUUGUCGUGUUGACGAAGAGCCGCAGAUUGGUGUUGUUCUUCAGAUUCACGUACGAGGGCCAAUCGGAGGGAGAAUCCGGCACAUCGAAUCGCUCCAGGCUAUUGUUGCGCAGGUCGAUGUCACGCGCCAAUUUUUUCAGCGGUUCACCACUCGUGUCAACCGCCGUGAUAUGGUUGAAGGCGAGAGUGAGGAUGCCAGUCGCUGAAAUGUGACAUAGCAUUAUUUCUUUUGGCGGUUCUGCAGAACGGCAGAAUCAAGGUAUGCAGACCUGCCAAAGCUUCGAAGCUGUCUUUCAAUGUGACAUAGCCCUGCUUUAGGCAAUACAGGGGACAAGAAAUGUGCUGUGUUUGUGCGUGUGUGGGCGUGUCUUGAGCACUGCUUACUGCCGAGCCACUCCAUUCCACGGGUCGGCUGUCGACCAGCUCUUGAACGUCAUCUCUGUCGAAGUGAUGGAGAACGGCGCACGUCAAAUUUCCCUUUAGCUGACACUCAGUGCAGGUGAGAUUUGAUAGGCUGCAAGAAUAAGACAGAAGACAAUGGGCCAAUGCACUGGAUCCACUCAUGUGUCCCAUUCACCUUGGCAGAGCCCGGAACCCUUGGAGAAAAUCGGUGACGUCGAUGUGCAGACUGUUGAAGCUCACGUCGAGCUCACGCAACACAGGCCAAUCGGGCGGAUCCUUGGCAGACAACCACUCUUUGGCUUCAGACAACGUCGCUGAAGAGAGCGACAAACAUGAGUCAGAAAAAAGACUACACGAGCAGGCUAUUCACUGUCUUACAGAUCCGGUCAUUAGCACAAUAUCCUUUGGCCGUUUCAAACCACUCUGGCCACGUGGUUGCAGUGAAGCUGUUGUUGCUCAAACGGAGCUUCUUUGCAGCAGGAAGGUAAUGCCAGCUUGCUGGGAUGAUGGCAAGGGCGUUGGUGUCAAAAUUGAUAUCUUCCAGGCUGAAUAACGGAAAUUCAGAAAAGGUCAACGUGCGUUUUUGUGUGUCUCCUUUUCCGUUGCUGACGUCUCGGGGAGGAAUCCGUUGCCGGUGAAGCCCUCAAUGCGAUUGCAACUCAGGUCUACCGUUCUGAGUCUCUUGAUAGGGGACAGGGAUGGCAGCGUGCCGGUCAUAUUGUUGUUGCUUAACGAGAGUUUCGUCAGGUUUGUCCACUUGUCGAGCGAGGAUGGAAGGGCUCCCAGACUGCCCGAUACAGAGUUCAAAGCACAUGAGCAGUGUGUCGUUCGGUCGACGGAAAGACCGUACUUGUUGUUGUCAGCGACAAGCUCUUUCAGUUCUGCGCACUCCGCCAGCCCAUCAGGGACUGGUCCAUUAAACUGUUGGCAAGCAAUGUCAGACACAAAAUUCACAUGCCCUGGUCCUGCUUUUCUAGACCUUGUUAUGGCUCAAAUGAAGUUUCUUUAGCUGUGGAGGCAAUCCGAGGGCGUCCAAGGUCCCCGAUAGCUUGUUCCACUCCAAAUAUAGCUCCCUCAGUUGCGAGAAGUUGCCCCACUGCUCAGGAAUGGUGCCAUUGAGGUUGUUGUAUCCAAGAUCCAGGUGGUCUAGGUUGGUCAGCAAGCCCCACUCUGGAGGAAGGCCGCCGGAGAAGCCCUCAUCCGCCUUGCCUUGGCUGUGAAGGUCGAUGCGACGUAUGUUUUUUGCCUUGCUGAGAGAUGCGGGGAGGAACCCUGACAGCUGCAAUUAAAACAGCAGAUCGCCUUUUGCUCUCCAAAUUCAUGUCUCUCCUUGCUCUACGCGUCUCUUGACUUGCCUGAUUUUCUUGGAGCUCUAGCUCCUCGAGAUCGGGCCAGUUUGAGCCAAAGCCGUCAGGCAGGCUGCCAUAUAGAGAAUUGCUCUGGAGUCUGAGAUGUCUUAAGCGGGUUAGAUUUCUGAGAAACAUCGGGAUACGCCCAGAGAGAUUGUUCCUCUGCAGAUCAAGGGUCUCGAGAUGGUGAAGCUCUCCCAAUGAGUUCGGUAUGAGACCGCUCAGACUGACAUUCUCGAGCACAAGCGACGUCAGAUUGUGCCCGAGGGUGGAAGGGAUGCUGCCAAGGUGCAAACCGGCCCGCUCGAGCGUCAGGUACUUGAUUUGCAUCAGGUUGGCGACGGAGAACGGUCCAUUAAGCGCUGCAUCGGUGAUACCGAGCAGCUCGAGGGAGGGAAGAUUCAAAUAAGGCAAUUGCCCGGAGAAGCUCAAAGAUUUCUGUGACGAGCCGAUGAUGUCGAGCGCCUUGAGAGAAGUCAGCUUGUUGAUGGAUUUGGGGAUUGUUCCAUUCAUAAUUGUCCUCCUGAUGUAGAGCAGGCGUAGAGACGUCAUGUUGCCGACUUCGUCCAUCAGCUGGCCCUCAAAAGGCACGCUGGAAAUCCACAGACCGAGGAUGUGCUUCAGCUCAUAAAUGUCCCGCGGGAAAUCUACCGUCGUCCUCAGGUUCGCCCGCCACUCUGUCACUUCAAAUCCACCCCCACGGUUGCCCCACAGUAGCUGCGAGGAAUCAAUCAACAAACAAACACAUGGGGGGAGAGAGAGAGACAGUGUGCGACGCUGUGCGUGUGUGUGUGUUUGUGUUUGUGUGCGUGUGUGGGUUGCUGACCAGCAGAUACCCCUCAGCCCCGUCAGGCAGGCGGAUGCACACAAUGAACGAGGCAUUACAGAAGUCCACCGCAAAGGCGCUCCUGUCAGUCUCGUUGACGAGACCAAUCUUCGCUAGCAACCUGCUGAGUGCAUCAGCAUCCGCCUGGCAAGGACCACACUCAGAGGUUGAGAGGUCUUCCAUUUCGUCCAGUGGCAGGAUGAGUGAGGUGCGGGAUGAAUUGCCCGUUGCGGUGACCGUGGGCCGGAAGACCACUAAAUCAGAGAGCAGAUCCCACUUGUCGCAGCGUGUCCACUUGCCGUGCCACUGGCAGCUCCCGCUCGGUUGCUGAGCCCGUCGUGUCAGCAGACCCCGACGACCCCUCGAAGGGGCCGCUUGGACACUGAGAAGAGCCGCGAGAAGAAGCUGCACAAGCCGAAAAGAACAAUCCAUCAUCGCCAACCACCUGCCUAAGCCACUGGCAGAAGCAUCAUCUUGCCCCAAGCCCCCAUCGCCCCCAUCAUUGUCUGGGUUUCAUACCCUGCAACCCCAGAAACCCUGCUGCCAACAGUGAGUCGCCUCAAAACAUCUUCUCCUGCCAUUAUCAUCGGUACGCAUAUGCACUUAAGUCCAUCAGCGACCAGCAAUAUGAAGAACACUCAGUGACAAACCACUGGAUGCAGAAUUCGCUAUAUUGAGAAAUGGAGUUUUAUACUGAAGUCGGAGUUCUGACAUUUGCUCCACGAAACGCUUGCAGUGCGUCAUCAAUCACUAUUUCGACGUAUGCCAAUCAUUCUAUCGAUCACGACAUACCACAUCCACAAAACUGCACGGAAGCCAUGAUUUGUAUAAUAAAUGUAUGCAGCUAGCGAGCAGCAUGGAUGACACAGACAGACAGACAGACAGACACACCGGCAAACAGACAGGCAGACAGGCCCACAGGCCGACAGGCACACAGGCAGACUCUCACACGCCAACAUAGAUGAGACAGGAAACACAAGGCUAGCAUCACACAGGGUGGCAGAUUGCGGCACUCGGCAAGGCCCAGUGUGAUGCCGGCACAUGCAAGCGACCUUUCCCGGCCUGCGACAUGGGUAUCCGGACAGAAGUUCUGGUGGCACGACAGGAAGAAGCUGAUCUGGGUGGUGGAGGCACAGGUCGUGUUUGACUCGCCGUUGAUGCUGUUGAUGUAUGUGGAGAUGUUGUCGGGGGAGACCUCUCUUGCGCCUGUCAUUGCCUUGACGCCCUCCUUGACUUGCUCGUAGGAACGGAUGAACUCGGAGCCGUCUCUUGCCUUCUCUUCCGUCUUGCCUUCUCCUCCAUGCCUGCAGCACACACCACACAUACACGGAAGACACUUCAUGGUGUUUCUGUGUGCUGUGCAUGAGCAAAAGAGUCGGAACACACACUGGAGGGGGGGCAGGUGGGCUGGUUGGCGCGGCCUCAUCUACCCCCCCUUCCGCCGGGCGGAGGGGGGGGUAGAUGAGGCCGCGCCAACCAGCCCACCGACCCCCCCUCCCGUGUGUGUUUUGACGCGUAGCUGUCUUCCCCGCAUUUCUCGCCCACGUACCCAUGCGCAGGGCCUGCACAUCAGCCGCUGACUUGAUGCCUUCCAUCACCUUGACCGAGAAGUAGUGGAGCAGGUCGACCAGCUUGGAAGGAAGGGGCUUGCCGGCGUCGAGAUACUUGAGGAACUUGCCGAAGACAACGAGGGCUGCGUGUCGGCCGUUGAUGAAGUCGUAGUAGACCUUGCAUUCGUGCGUCUGCUCUCGCUGAUACACGACCGCGAUGUAGCCGGGCGAGAAAUUGCUGACGUCGUCCUUGAUGAGGGAAUCCUUACUUCAUCCAGAUGCACGAGAGAUGCGUCGAUGCCCUUGCGUGAGGUUUAGCGACGGCGUAAAGCGUUGCUCAGAGGAAAGCCGUUGCUUUCGGCCAUUUGCUCGUCCAUCUCCGCUUGGGUCUCCUCAGCUUGGCGUAAUGGGGCUGCAGAGAAGCGAGUGUCGUCAUCUCCAGGAGGUCGGCAUCCGGCCCAUCCAUCAUGUCAGCAGCUGCACGUGAUGCUGAAAGGCGUCCUCUACCCUCGGUAAGCCGUUUCGAAGGCCGGAAGCUUCACC